AUCCUGUCUAAUAAGCAUCAGUAAACAUCUAUAUUGGUUGAGCUUCCUUUGCAAAACUGCCAUCCAUACUAGUCAUCUUGUAUAGCCACUAUGCCUCACCGCCUAGUCAUUGUACGCCACGGGGAAAGCUCAUGGAAUCAGGAGAACAGGUUCUGUGGCUGGUUUGAUGCCGACCUGAGUGAGAAAGGGACAGAGGAGGCCCGCAGAGGUGCUCAGGCAAUAAAGGAGGCCGGGAUGGAGUUUGACAUCUGCUACACCUCAGUGCUGAAGAGGGCGGUGCGUACUCUGUGGUACAUCAUGGAUGGAAUAGACCAAAUGUGGCUGCCAGUGGUCAGGACCUGGAGACUGAAUGAGCGCCACUAUGGGGGACUGACGGGCCUCAACAAGGCAGAGACUGCGGAGAAACAUGGGGAAGAGCAGGUGAAGAUCUGGAGGCGAUCUUAUGACAUCCCACCACCAGUCAUGGGAGAAGAUCACCCCUACUACAAGCUGAUAAGUAAGGAUCGGCGUUACAAAGAUCUCAGCGCCAAAGAGCUGCCCUCCUGUGAGAGUCUGAAGGACACCAUUGCCCGUGCCCUACCCUUUUGGAACGAUGUGAUUGCCCCCCAGAUCCUGGCUGGAAAGCGGGUACUGAUCGCAGCACAUGGAAACAGCUUGAGAGGCAUUGUCAAGCACCUGGAUGGGAUGUCUGAUGCUGCCAUCAUGGAACUCAAUCUCCCCACUGGAAUUCCCAUUGUGUAUGAACUUGAUGAUAACCUGAAGCCAACCAAACCCAUGAGCUUUCUUGGGGACGAGGAAACUGUACGGAAAGCUAUGGAGGCAGUGGCAGCCCAGGGAAAAGUCAAAAAAUAGAUGUAGAGCCAGAUCUGGGUUUGGGUUAUAGAGAGAGUGGGAGGGAUAGUAUGACCCACAGAAACUUUCUAGUCCCUAUGUUAUUCUUAAAAAGUAAGAAAAUGAUAUUCUGGAAAAUAACAUAGGGACAAAGAGAGGAGAUUGCUUCUAAUGUUAGCUCACAAAAAGGAAUGGCCCCUAUGUAGCUGUUCUUUGGUCCAUAUUAUUAGAGAAAUAUAUAUAUAUAUAUAUAAGGGCAGUGUAGAUACAAACAAGCACAAAUAAUAUAUUUAGUUAGAUCCAUUUGUUCUUGUGUUAAAGAACAAAUAUUCCCCCAGUGUCUUCAUUCUCACAGUUACCAUUACAAGUUAACAUUAAGAAUUUUCCCCAGGGUUUUGAAUGUUCUUUUCACAUCGCCACCAUUUCAGUAAUUCUGUAUUUUUAGCCAAAUAAAUAAAAAAUAAGGCCAAAA